AUGACACGUGACGGUAGCAAUUACGAUUUGGCCCGAUUGAAGGCGGAACUCGAGCAGGAAAAGGAAGACAAAGAACUGUUGGAGGAAUCUGUGUCUGACCUGAGAAGCACGUUGGUUGAUUUGGAAGAGCGACUGCACAGCGUGGAGGGCGAAAGGAACGAGUGGAGAACCAGAUACGAGACCCAGCUGGAGCUGAACAGACAGCUGGAGAGGCAAAUCGUAGUUGUACGGGAGAGGAUGGACAGCCUGCGCGGAAAGCCCAUGGAUCGACUGGCUUCUAUUCGGUUAUAUGACGAGAUGACAGUGGAUGCUUUGAGACACAGACUGCAGCUUCUGAAUAUGGAGAAGCACAACCUCCAGAGUGAGCUGCUGGAAUGCCGCCUGCGGCUUGACCAAGAGGGAAAGGCAUACCAGAAGGCCUACGACGAGAGACGAGCCUAUCUUACAGAGAUUGCGAAGGUAUCGACCGCCUUUAAUUUGACCAGAAAGCAGCAGGUUCAGAAAGUUACAAUGCCAGAGAAAAGAGCUCGGGGGACUGCGAAGCACAACUUGCCUCUGGGCAGAGUUCCAGCCAGGGCAGAUGUCGUGCCAUCUCGACUGCCAAGAUUAAAACAAUGACACAACGCUGCACCCUUAACCCGAAAUGCAUGGGUGAAGCAUGCUGCAUGUCAGUGAGAUUGUGCUCUAUAAAGGCUCAUUUCAUUUUGUUUAUCGUAAAUUACAGAAUGGUUUUGGAUUUUCAGUGGCUUGGAAGCCAUUUUAAGUGAUUUGGACACGAUUGUCAGUACCUAGCAACCCACCUCUCAAAAAAAGGAACAUGCAUAAUUGAAAAUGUUUACUUAUACUUACUCUAUUCAAAAUAAAAAUAUAUAUCUAAAAAGGAAAACACUUAUUUGUACAGCUUGCAAAAGAAAUUGGUAGAUUAAAACAAACAAGGCACAAUCUCCUGUUUCAAAAUGACUACCAGCUUGGACUGAACUUUAUAUGGCUUUUACCAUGAAAUGUCAUUUAUCAAAACUAAAUGUGAAGGCAGUAUUUGAUUAAUUUCUAUCUAUGCCUAAAUAGAUGAAAAAUUGAAGUUACAAAGAGCUACUAUGCAAAAUGUCCUGUAUUUUGAUUCAUUCUACUGCAUUUGAUGUUCUUCUCUGCGAUGCUAAUUCAAGUGGAUCCAGUCAGUUUUUGUGAAUGUAUCUACUGCCAUUAACAGAAAUAUGAAUAGAAAAAAUGUCCAAUAUCAUUACGGGCCUAGACCUCCCAUGUUAGGACAACACUGCUGAAAAAAAACACAAAUUGCUGUGCAAUCAUUUUCCUGUCCAGUUUUGUCUUGCGUGUAUAAUGCACAGUGAGACUACCUGAUUAAAGGGACACGUCGGGACGCAUUCCUUUAAGAAUGCUUGCUGCUUUACUGCUGGACAGCUUAUUAUGCUUAAAUCUGAACAUUUGAUAUUUUGUAAUUCCAAUGCUGCUUUCUUCAU